AUGGGAAAUAAAAUACAAAUCCAACUCAACUCCAAAUUCUAUUUUCCAAACCAAACUAUCUAAGGUAUAUAAUAAAUCCAUUAAAGGAAUGGUUAUAAUAGAGGAAUCUUAAGAUAAGUUAAAGAAUAUCUCCUAGCUCUAUAUACAUUUGUAAGGAGAGGAAGUAUGGGAGAAAGGAUUCGUUUGUAUGGAUUCAGAUGAUUCUAACAUUUUCUAUUCAUAAUUUAAGCUGCUUAAAGAUAUUAAUGAGGAACGUAAUCCAGAGGAUUAGAAAUUGAAAAUCCAAAAAACGAUUGCAAUUCCAUUCACAUAUACUUUACCUGAUAAUAUACCAGGUUGUAUGAGAAGAGAGAAAGGUUACAAAUUAAGGAUUACUUAUUCUCUGUCCCUUAUAGCUGAAACUUUAGAAUUGUAAAGAAUUAAUCUUCUAUAAUUACCUAUUGUUAUUAACCAAUAUGCAAAGAAAAAUAAUAUUGUUAAAAGUAUUUCAAAUAGUCGUGAUAUACGUGGAUAUUUAAAUACAUUUCAAGGAGUAUUUACUUAUAAUCUUAUUUAGAUUUCAAAAUUAGAAUGCAAAUAUAGCGGAGAAGAAUUUUCAAUUGGAGAUUCAAUCAAUUUAGAAUUACUAAUUGAUCUGAGAGAAAGUAAAUAGUAUAUUCAAGAAAUUGUUAUUUCCCUCAAUAAAAGAACAACUAUCAAUGAUAAAGAACCAAAAGUUAUCAUAGAAUAAAUUUAAAAAUUUAGUUUACCUGGAAUUGUCUAAGGAAUUGUUUAAACAAUCCAAAAAUCAAUAGUACUCUUCGAUUUUUAUAAAAAAAUGGAACUUUCAACCACAGGAUAAUUAAUUAAAAUUGAUUACUUAAUCACAAUCUAAGCCUAUUCAACAUUAUUUAAUUUUAAUAAUAAUGAUUUGAGAAUAGAUAUCCCUAUCAAUUUAUUCCAAAGAGUAAUCAAAUAAAAUGAUUUACAAUUUCAAACCAACCAAGUUAGAGAUUUAUUCCAUUUAUAUGAUGUAAAUAAAUUAAUUGUUGUUAGGUCGUAAGACUUUGA